AUGUCCAACCCAGUCUAUAUUCAGCAAGACUACCAAAUGGGCCGUCCAUUCCAACAGGUCAGCGAUAUGCAACAUCAGCAAUAUCCGCCUGUGUACCUUCCCAACCAGUUCCUGCUGAUGCAGCGACCCAGCAUUCCACAGCAGCUACUGCGGAUGCCAGGCGUUGCUGAAUCUUUUGGCCCUUUCGCUACUCACUACUCACAAAAUCCAUUAAUUUCACAUGGCUACUCGCUGCAGCAGAUCCACCUGGUUCCACCUUCUAUGUCUUCGAAGACAUCACCGGUGUUGGCCCAAACCUCCCUGCCUAACGCACCAAUGGUGAGGGCCAUCGCUGCCCCACAAAUCCAGCUCCCCCAGCAGCACCAUUAUGCAUCAGCUUUCCAGUAUCUGCUGGUCCCGAUAGUAGUUGGUCAGUCCAAUCCUCAUAGGCCCGCCUCAGUUCCAGGUUUUUCCUCCUCAGGCACAACGCAUGGAUAUCCGGUGAGUCCCUCUUCGUAUAUAUCGGACAGCAAGUCAGACAUCAGGUCAGAUGCAGAGUCGGCCAGGCUGCACCUCAAUCCUGGUGCUAUAGAUUACUCAAUGCUUGUUGGAUGCACCGUGUCUCCAGUUUCGAAAAGAAGAAGACGCACCGAUUCCAAGAAUAGUGACAUUGACCAUGACAAGCUGAAGCACCUGUGCUCCAAGUGUGGCAAGACAUUCCAGAAACCAUACAACUUAAAGAGUCACAUGAAAACACACUCAUCUGAGCGCCCUUUCAAGUGUCUGGUAUGUCCCAAAACAUUUGCCCGUUCCCACGAUCGAAAACGUCACGAGCUUUUGCAUGACGGAGUCAAGAACUUUAGAUGUGAGGGCUUCUUGAAGGAUGGAGUAACCAAAUGGGGUUGUGGGAAAAAAUUCGCUCGAUCUGAUGCGUUAGCUCGUCAUUUCAGGACUGAGACUGGGUGGCUUUGUAUUAAGCCUCUUAUGGACGAGGCUAAAGAGCAAGAACAACUUACAGGAAAGUACGUUGCAGAUCCGCUGUCUUAUCUUCACCACCAGAUCGCCCUUCCUCCGCUACGUAACCAGUACUAG